AUGGACGGGCAGCAGCAUGUGGAUCCGAGCCAGGGAAACGUUCCACCUGGUCGGAAUCAACAUCCGAAUGGACAUCCACAGUUCCAUCAGCAGCAGCAGCUGCCUCCUCAAGCUCCGCAAGGGCACAAUCCGGGAAGCAGUCCACCCGGUCAGCAUACGCAGUAUCGCCAGCAGCCGAUUUACCCUCCAGGGAUGUCGGCAGACAAUGUCAUCGUGCAAAUCUUGCAACAACUGCAGCAGCAGCAGGCAGUCACGAACCAGCUUCUUCAACAACAGCGCGAAUCCGCCCAGCAACAACAGGGGUUUCUGCAGCAGCAGGAAGCGCUUUUCCGGAAUGCCAUGGCUUCUAUCAAUGUCAGCGUUCCGCCAAAUCCAGAAGCGAUUCUGGACUCUUUAGCUGGUAACAUCAAAGAGUUCCAGUUUGAUCCUGAGAACCACUGCACCUUUGCUGCUUGGUUUGCGCGCUACGAAGAUCUUUUCGCCAAGGAUGCGCAGAGGCUCGAUGACGAUGCGAAGGUAAGGCUACUUUUGCGUCGCCUGGGAACCAACGAGCACUACAGGUAUGUGAGCUACAUACUUCCCAGUACGCCGAAGGACUUCACAUUCGACGUCACAGUUCAGAAGCUCACAGCGCUGUUCGGGACCACGGAAUCAACGGUGAAGAAACGCUACAGCACGCUCACCAUCACUAAAGUCCCGACUGAAGAUUAUGUCACUUUUGCGUGUCGGGUGAACAAAAUGUGCGUAGAAUUCGAGCUGACGAAGAUGUCCGAGCAGCAAUUUAAGUGUUUGAUGUUCGUUUGCGGAUUGAAGGGAGAGUGCGACGCCGAUGUACGAACCAGGUUGUUGGCGAAGAUCGAGAGCAACGAUGACGUCACCCUGGAAGCGAUGAUCGAGGAAUGUCAGCGGCUUAUUAAUUUGAAGAACGACACAGCGAUGAUCGAAGGCCCAUCGGGACAGGUGCAAGCAAUCCAAAGAGGUCCACAGCAUCAGAGUAAGUUCCGGAAGCGGUCAAACGAAAGGCGUAAUGCUCCACGAGCACCAGAUGAGCAGAAGAAGGUACCAGCCACUCCGUGCUGGAAUUGCGGUGCGAUGCAUUUCUCAAACCACUGCAGUUUCCGGAAUCACCGAUGCACCGAAUGCAGGCAGUUUGGCCAUAAAGAGGGUUACUGCUCAAGUGCCAAGCGAUCGUCCAAGCCAAGGAAGCAGCGUAGCGGAAAGUUCUCCACCAAGACCAUUGCACUUACCGUCGGUAACGUCCAGAGCAAGCGGCGAUUUGUGCAGGUGGAAAUCAACGGCGUACCUGUGCGUCUUCAGCUGGAUACGGCGUCGGACAUAACCAUUGUGUCCGAGCAGGUCUGGAAGCAACUAGGCCAACCAACAGUGGUUCCAGCAACACAGAUCGCCAAAUCAGCAUCGGGUGAACAACUCGAUUUGGAACACGAAUUCGCAUGUGAGGUGUCUUUCAACGGGUUGGCCCAGCAGGGCCGCAUUUUUGUCUCCAAGCGCUCGCUCAACUUACUGGGCAUCGACUUCAUCGAUAAGUUCAACCUUUGGUCACUACCGAUGGACAACUUUUGCAAUCAGGUGAGCGGUGUGCCUGUUGAUGCCAGUUCUUUGCAGAAAGCGUACCCCAAGCUGUUCAGCAACACGCUGGGCCUGUGCAACAAGGCCAAAAUCAAGCUAGCUCUCAAGGAAUCCUGCCGACCGAUCUACCGCCCUCGCAGACCGGUUUCAUACGCCAUGCUACCAACAGUGGAUCAAGAGCUCGACCGUCUGGAACGGUUGAACAUCAUUUCACCAGUGGACUAUUCCGAAUGGGCAGCGCCAAUCGUGGUGGUCAGGAAGGCGAACGGCAGCAUUCGCAUUUGUGGAGAUUACUCCACUGGACUGAACGAGCGACUCCAACCUCAUCAAUACCCGCUCCCCCUGCCACAGGAUAUCUAUUCCAAGUUGGCGGGUUGCACGGUGUUCAGUACGAUCGAUCUGUCGGACGCGUUCCUUCAAAUGGAGGUCGACGAAAGUUCCCGUAGCAUGCUCACGAUCAAUACACACCGUGGCCUGUAUCAGUAUAAUCGAUUGCCACCCGGUGUAAAAGCUGCUCCAGGUGCAUUCCAGCAAAUGAUAGACACCAUGCUGGCCGGACUACCGGGUACAUCUGGCUACUUGGACGAUGUCAUCGUCGGUGGCAAGAACGCCGAGGAGCACCAACGCAAUCUUCACGCAGUUUUGCAGCGGAUCCAAGAGUACGGAUUCACUAUACGUCCUGAAAAGUGCUCCUUUGCGAAACAUCAGCUCGGGUACUUGGGUCUUCUGCUGGAUCGCCAUGGAAUCCGCCCGGAUCCUGUCAAGAUCGCAGCAAUCAAGAACAUGCCACCACCGAAGGACAUUAGCGGAGUUCGCUCUUUUCUAGGCGCUAUAAAUUAUUAUGGGAAAUUCGUCCCAAAUAUGAGAACUCUUCGCUAUCCGUUGGACGAGUUACUCAAAUGCAGCUCAUCGUUCAACUGGACCCCAGAAUGCCAGCAGGCGUUCGACAAAUUCAAGGAAAUACUGUCCUCCGACCUCCUGCUCACCCAUUAUGACCCGAAGCAAGAAAUAAUAGUGUCCGCCGACGCGUCAUCAGUUGGAGUUGGGGCAACUAUAAGCCAUAAGUUCCCUGACGGCAAAGUCAAAGUCAUCCAGCACGCUUCCCGGGCACUGACAGCGGCGGAAACAGGAUACUCCCAGCCGGAUCGAGAGGGUCUAGCGAUUAUAUAUGCAGUAACAAAAUUCCAUAAGUUCAUCUUUGGAAGAAGAUUCCGGCUUCAAACAGACCAUGCGCCGCUACUACGGAUUUUCGGGUCCAAAAAGGGCAUCCCGGUUUACACGGCCAACCGGCUCCAGCGCUGGGCCCUAACACUACUCAACUACGACUUCUCCAUGGAAUACGUCUCGACUGACAAGUUCGGGAAUGCUGAUGUGUUGUCCAGGCUCAUCGACCAGCAUGCCAAACCAGACGAGGAUUUCGUCGUGGCCUGCACCACCUUGGAGGAAGAUUUGAGGUCAGUAGCGGUCAAUAGCGUAAAUUGUUUGCCUCUCAGUUUCAGCAUGGUCCAACAAGCAACCAAAACCGAUCCAGUUCUUCGCAAAGUGUAUCGUUUCGUCCGAGAUGGUUGGCCCACAUCGAAGCACGAUCUACGGGACAACGAACUACGGCAAUUCCACGACCGCCAAGAAGGGCUGUCGAUCGUCCAAGAGUGCAUUAUGUUCGGGGACAGACUGGUGAUCCCCGCAGUUUACCGGAAGAGGUGCUUGAAUCAACUCCACAAGGGCCAUCCGGGCGUGCAGCGGAUGAAAGCCAUUGCACGCAGCUAUGUGUAUUGGCCAGGAUUGGAUGAGGAAAUAUCCAGCUUCGUUAAGGCUUGUCAGCACUGUGCAUCUGCAGCACGGUCUCCUCCAAAAGCUAGACCGGAACCGUGGCCAACUACAACCGCUCCAUGGCAGCGUGUUCAUGCUGACUAUGCGGGCCCGUUGGAUGGAGAGUUCUACCUCAUCGUCGUUGAUGCUUAUAGCAAAUGGCCAGAAAUUUUUCCGACCCGCCAAAUUACGACGAAAGCCACCAUCAACCUGCUUCGCUCGCUCUUCGCCAACAAAGGGAUGCCGGAACUUCUCGUUACAGACAACGGCACCCAGUUCAAGAGCGCGGAGUUCAGCCAGUUUUGCAGCGAAAACGGUGUACGACACAUCACCACGGCACCGUUUCACCCACAAUCAAACGGCCAAGCCGAACGGUUUGUCGACACUUUCAAGCGAGCGGUUCGAAAAAUCCAGGAAGGAGAAGGCACUAUCAAGGAAGCACUUGACCUUUUCCUGAUGACCUACCGCACUACACCCAAUCCGAACGUGCCAGACAAGAAAUCACCUGCAGAAGCAAUGUACAAUCGACCACUGCGAACAACCAUGGAUCUUCUUCGAGCACCACCCGAACAAGUAGCAGAUCAAGCCAACUCGAGUCAAACCAGAACGUUCGCACCUAAGGAUUUCGUGUACGCCAAAGUCUAUUCACGUAACAAAUGGACUUGGACGCCGGGUACCGUGGUCGAGAAAGUGGGCAAGGUGAUGUACAACAUCUGGUUGAAUGACAGGAGGAUGAUUCGGUCCCACAUAAACCAGCUUAGGGCCAGGACCGGGACCAUAGCGAAGUCACCAUCGUCAAAGCAACAGCUGCCAAUCAACAUCCUGUUGAAUGAAUGGAAACUGUCCACCGCUUCAACGCCUAUAGUGCGGGCGUCCACACCACCACCGCUGGGAAAUGUCGAACCGACGUCGCCAACGUCGAUAGUGGGUCAGCCUGUGGCCUCCCCAGCAUCCAGUAGUUCAAGCUCAACUUCAACUUCGUCUUCAUCAGCGGACUUCCGAUCUGCUAACGACUCGUCUCCUGCGGUCAGGCUACCUAGGCGCUCUUCUCGCAACCGAAGACCGCCUCAAUGGUUCCAGGCGUACCGCAGAUAUUAA